UAAACAUACGCACAGCACCGUGCGCUCAUGGAGCUUGCUGUCACGUCCGAAGAUUCAGCUCUGGCAAAUGUCAGGUCGUCGAUUACUUCUACCCGUGAACUAAUAUUGUUUAAUACAUUUCCACCAUAUACCAUCGUGUCACCAUACUCUGGUUCGUGAUAAGACGUGUUGAUGCCACGGAUCCGCUGAUCACCAUGUCACAAUUCCGUGUGGGACUGCGCCUCGUCGUCCUCAUGUGCAGUCUGGCUGCACUUGUACGGACAGAAGAGGAAUGGCUUGACCCCUACGAUAUGUUGAACUACGAUGCAGGCACGAAAACUAUGAAAAAACAAUCAGAGCCAACAACGUAUCCCAACGUUCCCACUAAAAGAAGGGAACAUGCCGUAGAAGAAAUGGAUUGUAGCAGUCAAGUUUCAGCGUUAAAAACAGAGGUUGAAGAUCUGCGGAGAGCAUUGCUUAUUUCAACAGCAGCCCACAUGCGCCCUGUGUUUCUCUGCGUCCUCGUCAUAGCGGGACGGUCAUCUGCACUCAGCUGUGGGCCGUGGUCGCCUGGUUCGUCCAGUUCAAACGGAUGUUCGCAGUCUGUUUCCCUCGUCAGCAUUGUGUGGAACUGGUUCUACCUGUACAAGAUUGAAUUUGCCCAGCACCAGAGCCGACUCGCGAAGAUGGACACGGCGUACGAGAAAUGCACUGGAAUGAAGAAAAUCGACUGGACUGAUAAUUUAAAAGAAUGGUACAGGACUACCUGGACUCUGCAGGAUGACCCCUGCAAUGAGUAUUAUAAAGACCUCAUGGUCAGUCCAUUCCUACUGGUGCCUCCAUCGAAGGCCUUCUCGGUCACCAUCACCACCUUCUUCACAGAGCCCCUGAAGCACAUCGGCCAGGGCAUCAGUGAGUUCCUCCGUGCCCUCCUGAAGGACCUGCCCAUCACCCUGCAGUUACCCGUCCUCAUCACCAUCGUGCUCUCUAUCCUGGUGGUCAUGUAUGGAGGGGUGCAGGCAAUGUUCCAGCACGGUAUAAUGGGACCCCUGCGUCUUCGGGACCCUCCCCUCCCUCCAGCGGGGGCUCAGCCACAACUUGCCCAGUGUCAACCCGCUCAGCCACCACCGGCCCAGGUUCAACCCGCGCAGCCACCCCCGGCCUAUCUAUGA